UUGAACUUUAGGACUCCGGGUGGUUCUUCUGGAGGUGAAGGUGCUCUUUUCGCUGCCGGUGGUACUCCGUUUGGCACUGGAAGCGACCUUGCCGGUAGUUUGCGUAUUCCUGCUGCUUUCUGUGGAUUUAUUACCCUUAAACCAACACAAGAUCGAUUGGUUGUAACAAAUACUCAUCCGGGGAUCCCUGGUCGUUCUCGCUAUGGACUGAGUUUUGGAUUUUUUACGAACACAGUGACAGAACAAAUUGAACUGCUUAAGUUGUUUCUCGGAAACUCCUGUUAUCGUCAGCUUGUCCCCACUUCAAUUCCUUUCCCUUUGAACGAAGAGACUGUGCGCCAAACUGGUAGGCUUCGCAUUGGGUACUUUGACAGUGACGGUUUUUGCCCACCAGUGCCUUGCAUUAGACGAGGCGUUCUUGAAACGGUCAAGCGUUUGAAGCUUGAGGGUCACGACCUUGUUCGUUUCACCGUACCAAAUGUUGACGAAAUGGUGCAGCUUCUGUACAAGCUUCUUAUGCCUGAUGGUGGUCACUAUAUUCGAGCUCUGUAUGAAAACGAUGCAAUUGAUCCGUAUAUGAAGGAUUUUGUGAUGCUUCUAAAAGUUCCUCGUAUUGUGAGGUGGCUUGCAUCUUUCGUGCUUCGGCCGAUCAGUCCUCAACUGUCUGCGAUUUGCUCAGCUUACAUCUCGAAUCUGGAUGACCUUCGUUAUACCAAUGAACGAUGCGAUGUUUACAAGAAAGAAUUUAUUGCUUAUUGGAAGAGUCUGGAAUUGGAUGCGCUGAUAUGUCCAUCAUUUCCUGUACCGGCAGUUCCGCAUCGUUUUCCAUCGAAAAUGUCGAUGGCGGUCACUUAUACAGCACUAUUUAAUUUGCUCGACUUUCCUGCUGGUGUCGUUCCUGUGGGGAAAGUCACCGUAAAAGACGACGAAGAUUUGGUUAACGAAUCAACGUAUCCUGUUGGACAUAACGUUGCGUUGCGGAUUAUUCGAGACUCAUCAAUCAAUAGUGUUGGUUUGCCUCUUUCUGUUCAAAUUGUAACUCUUCCAUUUGAAGAGGAAAAAUGCCUUCGCGUCAUGAGGGACGUUCAAGGAGUCUGGAGUGAUGACUAUCUUUCAAAGAAUCAAAUUUAUCCGACUGAUAGAUGA